GUUGUCACCUGACUACACUGUGUGUGUGUGUGUGUUGUCAGUGGUGUCCUCCCUGCAGAGCUUUACUGCCUGAACUGAGAAAAGCUUCCAUCCAGCUGGCUGGACAGAUGAAGUUUGGUACCCUGGACUGUACCAUUCACCACAACCUCUGCUCCAUGUAUAAGAUCCAGGCGUAUCCAACCACCGUCAUCUUUAACGGCUCCUCUGUCCACGAGUACGAGGGACAGCACUCAGCUGACGGCAUCCUGGAGUUCAUACAGGAUCUGGUCAGUCCCUCUGUGGUCACCCUUGAUCCGUCCAGCUUCAAAGACAGAGUCAGAGGACGAGCUGAGGGACAGGUCUGGGCCGUGGACUUCUACGCCCCCUGGUGUGGACCGUGUCAGGCUCUGAUGCCUGAGUGGAGACGCAUGGCCAGGAUGCUGUCGGGUCAGAUCCUGGUGGGUUCUGUGGACUGUCAGAGGUUCCAGUCGUUCUGUCAGAGUCAGGGUGUGAGGGCGUAUCCUGAGGUCAGGCUGUAUCCUAGCAACACACCACGGACUGACCACUACAUGAGUUACAAUGGUUGGCACAGAGACGCUCACUCACUGAGGACAUGGGCUCUGAGUUCUUUACCCUCUGCAGUGGAGGACCUGACUCCAGACUCGUUCAGGUCUCAGGUUCUGUCAGGUCAGGAUCACUGGGUUGUGGACUUCUACGCCCCCUGGUGUGGACCGUGUCAACACUUUGCUCCAGAGUUUGAGGUCCUGUCUCAGAUUGUUAAAGGAGAGAUUCGAGCAGGAAAGGUCGACUGUCAGGCUCAUCAUCAGACCUGUCAAUCAGCUGGAAUCAACGCCUACCCCACUGUCAGGUUCUACCCACACCUGGGGAAGAGGCGGCAUGAACACAGUGGCGAGCACAUCAAUAGCCGCGAUGCUAACGUGAUCGCCGACACCAUGAGGCAGCGGCUGCAGCGGCUGUUGCCACGGUUACACAGCAAAGCAAAGGACGAGCUGUGACAUCACCGCUGUGACAUCACCGCUGUCGUCUGGUUGGUGGAUGGGAUCACGAUCGGUCGCUGUGGUAACAAACAAACAAACAAACACACUCCUUGAUGAAAGUCAGCUGUGACGCAGACGGAUGUUAGCGCUGCUGUGAUGAUGAUGAUGAUGAUGAUGAUGAAUGUUUGUGUUUUCUCGUUUCCAUCGUUUCUAUUUACUCUAUGAAGUAAAACUGUGGGACGCUGCACAUGUUACUGUCACUCACACACACGUGACCCAGUGUUGUAUUUUAUUGUUUUAUGUCGAAACUGUUGGACCUUCAGAAUAAAACUGUAAUACUGUUUCUGUAAUAAAACAGUUUUUCAACAAAAACUCUUUCUUUCAA